AUGAAAAAUAAACACUCACAUUUAUAGGGUUGGGAAGAAUACUCCUAUACAAAUACAUACACAAAUUAACUCAAAUUUUUGAGUGAAUCACUCAACUAAGUAAAUACAGUACCCACUCAUAUUGACUCUAAGUUACAUUAAUCAGUCUCUCCAAAAAAGAAUCGAAUAUUAUAAUGUUACAUUAAGAACUCUGUAGUUAUUGACAAUGGAUAUAUAUUAUCAUAGAAAUAACAUUAUUUAAAAGGAAACUUUAUAAAGAAGGCUUAAUUUUCACCAAAGAUAUAAUUAAAGCGUAACUAUAUUGGACCCAUUUUAUAAUAAAUAAAAAUCUAUUAAAAAAAUAAAUAUAUCAGUAAAAACGAUUCUACUAUCAAAUAAAUAACAAGAUGA